ACUGACAGCCGCCGACCGUUCUGCAUUCGUGUACACUUCACUCUUCGACUCGACUUUGCGUUGUAGCAAACUUUCUCCGUGAAAAACUAACUAAAAAUGGGCUCUGGAAAACAACAGAAAGUGCAGUCCUCUGGCUUCACCAAGGAGGAGGAGCUGCUGCUUCAGGACUUCAGCAGGAAUGUGAGCACCAAGUCAUCGGCUCUGUUUUACGGCAAUGCUUUUAUCGUCUCGGCGGUGCCUAUCUGGCUCUUCUGGCGCAUCCACAACAUGGACUUGUGGCCCAGCUCCAUCCUGUUCGUGUUGGUGACCGCCGCUAGCACCUACCUGAUGGCCACCGCCUACAAGAACAUCAAGUUCCAGCUGAAGCAUAAGAUUGCCGGACGCAGGGAAGAGGCCGUCACCCGAGAGGUGAACCGUCAGCUGGGUGACGACAAGAAGGUUACCCGCAAGGAGAAGGACGAGCGCAUCCUGUGGAAGAAGAACGAGGUGGCUGACUACGAGGCCACCACCUUCUCCAUCUUCUACAACAACGCCAUCUACCUGGCCGUGAUUAUCUUCAUCAGCUUCUUCCUGCUGAAGAACUCCACGCCGUUCGUCAACUACAUCUUCUCCGUGGGCAUUGCCAGCGGCGCCCUGGCGCUCUUCUCCACCAGUGCCCAAACGAACUGAACUCCAUGUCACCCCAUGUUCAUGUAAUCGUAAUUUAAGGCCCUUUAAGAGAUUCCCUUGGACAGCGGUAGAGAAUUCCGUUCAUAACUCGAUCCCUAGGGGCGGCUGGUCCGUUGUUCAUCCUCCAGCCCACUUGGAUCGAUAGUACCAGCAGUGCGAACAUAGAAAUUUUAUAUUGUAUACACCGAUUUGUUGUCUUUCUUGUAGAAAGCUGAUCCACUUCCAUUUUCAAAUGAUUUAAUAAAUUGUAAAAUUAAAA